AUGUUACGACACUCAAGCCAGGGUACUACAAAUUCGAGCUCUACGGCAGCCGGAGGAUUUGCUCGUGCAAAUAAAGGCGGAAAUGGAGGCUACAGUGUUGGAUAUUACGUAAAUAACAUCUCUACAGAAGCAUAUUUCUUUCUUGGCGGAAAAGGUGAAGAUAGACCAAAAUUCCAUAAAUCAAAUAAUAACACGCCAGGAGGGUUUAAUGGUGGAGGUUUUGGAGGUUAUGACACUCAUUAUGGAACCUACUCCGGUGGUGGUGGCGGUGGAAGUACAGACAUUAGAAUCGGCUCUGAUAAAAUUGAGAGCAGAAUAAUCGUCGCUGCCGGUGGAGGAGGUGCUUGUGGGUAUGAUAAUGAAAACGAAGGAGGAAAUGCUGGUGGACUCCAUGGAAGUGAUGGAAAAUCCUUACGGCCUGAAGGGAGAGUUGGUGGAGGUGACACUGAUCAAUCAGGCGGAAUAGCUUAUUCAUAUCGAGGUGCAACAAGUGGCAGCCUAUUUUAUGGUGGUAAUGCCUCUACAAUGCUAGAUGCAUAUGGUGGAGGAGGCGGAUACUUUGGUGGUGGCGGUGGUUCUUCAACAGUCGACCAUUAUCAAGGUUUCUGUGGGUCAGGUGGCGGUGGUAGUGGGUAUACAGGAGGUGUUUAG